GAAGCCUCUGAAGGCGCAGCAGCUUCUGUCUGUUCAUCUGUCCUCCUCCAUGAAUCCUAACGGUCAGUGUGUGGGAACGGGGCCGCAUCCGGAGCACAUUCUCUGAGGUGGGGGAGUGUGUGUGCGCGUGUGUGUGGAUGCCACAGUGAUCCUCUAAGACUGACGUCUCUCCGGUAGCGCAGAAGAAGACCGCAGCCGGGCUCCUCCACACACUUGAGCGCAGUCAGGCAGCAGGUAGCAUCAGCCCGCAGAGUGAGGCAGGAAUCCGCGGAGCAGGUGGAGGAAGCCGGAGUUUCCCAGCAUGUUCACCCUGCGGAAAGCUGCGUUCAGACACGCUCCUCCAGCGACCGUUUGAUACCGCUGGAGCGCAGACUGCUACUGCUGCUGCUGCUGCUGUUGCUGCUGGUGGCUUUUCCCCCUCUCCGUCUCUCUUGAUCAAACCUCUGAUGUGAAGAACCGAACCUCUGCACAGCUGAAAUGAUGUGGACCUCUCACGAUACUGUUGGAUUUGUUUUCCUAGCCGGAUUCUGUGUUCAGUUCGGAUUCUCCUUUGAAGGUCGCUUUACGGAUCUGCCCUCUAACAUGACGGUUAAAGAGGGCCAAAACAUAGAAAUGGCGUGCGCCUUCCAGAGCGGAACCGCGUCUGUGUAUCUGGAGAUCCAGUGGUGGUUCGUGAAGGCUCCGGAGCCCACAGACAGCGAGGAGGAGGUGGACGCCCAAGAGAUGGAGAUGAUACCAGAGCCCGAUCCUGAUGACGAGGGGACAAAAAUAAGUACGGUGAAGGUCCAGGGCAACGACAUCUCACACAAGCUACAGAUCUCCAGAGUCAGCAAGAACGACGAAGGACUCUACGAGUGCCGGGUGACCCGAGCUAACUACGGAGAGAUUGUGGAGUACAAAGCCCAAGCCUGGCUUAGGGUCAACGCCACAGCCAGGCCUCGACGGCCACUGCCACCUGCCAAGAAGAGCUCCCCACUGCACCUGACAGACAAGAAGCCAAGGAAGUCCACCUCACCUCUGAGCCAAGACAACAUGAGUUCAGACCAGAGGGUGGCCUCCACGUCCUCCUCCCACACAUCCUCCAACACAGCUAAACGCUACCCCAGCUCAGGUACAAGAAUAUUGUCCAGCUCUGGACUUGCUGUCCUGCUUCUGGCGUGUGGCCUGGUGAGGGAUGCCUUGUUAUAAUUUAAAGAACAGUCUUGAUUUGCUCCCAGAUGUUGGCCCAACUGUGUGCUUCAAAAACAAACAGAGGAUCAAAAAAAAGAAAAAAAGAAAAUUGCCUGUUUUACUCCCUUCGCCACCCACUGACCACAACCCUGAACUCCACCAUGCGGACAGCACAGUUUGCUCCUCAUUUUCUCGCCACUUCUGCUCUUGCACUUAGCACAUUAUUACUAGCCACUAUAAACACCAGUCACAACGGCAGCAGAAGGAGCACCUUUUCUACAGACGCCUGGUCGACGCCAGCAGAGACGCCGCCUAACACCCGGACUCUAUCUUGUUGGAUAACUCUCAUGGAAGAAUGACUUUCUUAAAGUUUAGCUGUUGACGUUUCUGUGUUCAUUGCUCAAAAGUAAACGAGAAAAUCGAAGAAUCUAUAUUUGUGUAGUAUAUUUGAUCCUAGAUAUAUGUCUGUUUUAUUUGAAACACAGAACUAAUGUAUGUGCUGUAUACAUAGCUGCUGCUGAUAUUGGCCAUUGAUCAUUGUGAAUAGGCACUCUAGCCUUCUCCAGAUGACAUAAAUCUAAUACAAGUCUGUGUUAAAUUAGACGAUUGAUGUUAACCUUUAAGUUAAAAGGGUCAUUCUUUUCAUUUCUCUUUCAGCCGUAUUAUCCAUCCAAAUUUCAGAUGUGCAUAAUUUUACAUCCUGUUGGUGAUUCAUCAUCAGAAGUGCAUGCUUGGUCUGGAGGUUUUGAAGAUGAGGAAAAUAUCUGACCUACAGUACAUGAGCCAACAUUUGGAGUUUAAUGUUCCAAUGUUUUGAACCGCAGUUUCUUUUUCUGUGCUAGCUUUGGUGUGAAAAUAAUGUCCCCUUGUCAUUUUAAUUUGUAAUGCACCCUUAGUAGGAAUAAAAAAAAACAGAAAGUCACUAUGAGUUAUUGUAAAUCCUGAUAUGUGACAACUGGAUGAUUGAUUCUGACCAGCAUUAAUCUUCUCUGAAAUAUUUCAGUAGCUAAUCACAAAGGAGGGAUUUAAUGAACUGUAGAUCAGGAAUGCCAACGCAGGAACAUGGAGGAUCUAAACCUUGAACACACCUUUGCUUAAAUGCCAGGUAUUCCUAAUGUUGUAUAAUGAAAAGAAGGUAAAUCAUGAAACACAUAGAACUCUUUUUCUGUGUUAAAUGGGACAAAUUCUACAGGGUCUUACUGCAAAACAAAUAGUCAUCAUUAGCAAACUGCAAACAAUCAAAGAAAUGGUAUUGGGCAGGAGAAACGCCAUGAUGUAUUCCACAGUAUAAUACUGUGCAUUCACACCACCCUGUUUAGUACUAGAGUUUAAUCAAACUCCAGUACAUUUGCCUAGAAAGUCAAAUCUAGGCAAAUCUACAUUUGUGUGAAUUUGCAGGUGUGGAUUUGCAAAUCCACACCUCCACACCUUUUUUUGUGGAGGUGUGGACAUGUAAUCAAACACUCAUGCAGACUAAAAAAAGUGAACUCUGGUCCACUGAAUAACCUCGGUCUCAGUUCAGUUGAAGUGUAGUCUGGUGCGGUUUGAAUGACUAUCUGAACAGCAGGCAGAUCAGAGGCUGCUCCAAAAACAGGAAGUGGACUAAAUACAACCAAAACCAACAUGCUUGUCUAGCGCUAGCAGGAGAAAAGUUGCUUUUAAUGCUCCACUAAGGGGCGCUGCUAUGAGCUGGGCUUUCUUUUGUUAGCUGCCUUCGUCUUGUGACCUCGCACCGGCUCCCAUUGCUGAAUAAACUAUAAAUCAGUAGACAGCGGUGUGCAUCAUUAGUUCAGUAAACAGAGCGCUGCUAUGUGAUGUCGAGAUUUUUCUUCUGCGCUUUCAGGCCACUUUGGGGUCGUCAACCAUUCACACAGAAGACCAAUCGCCUCAUUCAGUAUGAGGAACGUUCAUGCAAAAGAAUAAUAAAAAUCUGAUUUCAGCAAAAAAUUGGAAUUGAGCUGCUGUGUGAACAUAGUCUUAGUUAUGGUGGUUCCUGCAUGUAACCUAAUCGUACAUCAAUCUUUGGUAGGGAAAAUGGGAGGACAAUAGAUGGAUGAAUGUGGAAAACUUCAUCUUCUACACCACUGAGCAGGCACUGUAAUAAGGUUGUGUUAAGUUUUUAGAUUUGCUAUAUUUGAACAUUUCUCACAGAUAUGUAAGCAAGACUGUGAUGAAAUAACAGCCAGUUAGACAUAGAAUUAUACACAAUAACCUUCAAGAGAAGAGUAUUGGUUUUGUUGAAAUUGCUUUUCUUUGAUCUCACACUGCUAUAUUUUUUACAGCUUUACAUAAAACUCAUGUUUCCCGGGAUAUUUUGAAUGUGCACCAAGGAUUUAUGAAUGAAAUGCUUUGACAAUCUGACACAAACGCUGGAAGAGCAGCGGCUGGAAGAGCAGCGGCUGGCUUUCGCAGCGGUUUCAAGAUCUUUAACAUGAUCCGGAAACUAAAAUGAAUCUGUUAUUGUUGACUUUUGAGCGCCAUCCAGCAGAAACUUGGAUUCUAAUUCAAACAGAAACAGUCAUGAAUGACAGAGCAGCAGAUAUGUGAAAGUUAUCCUCCAUGAGUACCGUGUUGCCAUAGCGCCGCAGUUAUCCUAACAAUGAGAUCAGCAGUUUUUAAAAAUACAUGCUGAUCAAUAGCACAUCUUUUUUCGCUUAUUCAAAACCCCAAACUAUGAGGUGGCCAAACAAAAUAAGCAUGAAUAUGUAUUUGUGGUAUGGCAUAAGCUAAGAACUCAUAGGCAACAAAACAACUCAACGUGCAAUAAUCCCUCUGCUGUGUGUUCUCGAAAUGCAAAACCUCACUUUAAACUCGUGUUUCACUUUACAGACAAAGCCGAAUCCCCUCUCUUGUAUAGUUUAUCACAUUGCCAAAGAACAGUUUAGGGGGACUUGUUGAUUCAGCAGCGAGGCCCACAGGCUGAUGGAGCACAGCGUGCUUUCUAAGACCCCGAGACGUUCCAGCAAGACACGGCGCACCGUGCAGCACCGCACCGCGCGGCACCGCGCCGCUCCGCGCAGGGCGGGAAGGGUCAGCCCGCUCUAAUCCCUCUAAUUCCAAACCUCCGCAGGGCGCGUUUGGACAACUAAUCUGCCAUCACUGUCUCAUUUUCGCCAUUCUGCCGUGACUGGGGGACUGAUUGUUUUUAAAUGAGACCUGUUAUAUAAUAUAGUUCAAAAAGUUUAUUUUGCAAGAAGAAAAAAAUAAUAAUAAUAAUAGGAGGGCAAUUUAUUUUCCAGAGAUGAGAAUGAGAUCGUGAUGCUGAUUCCACUGAAAGUUUGUCUGAAUGCUUUCGGAGAGUGUGCGCAGUCCGAGUGGGCGGUUUGUCUAAACCGCCGUGUAAAAAAACUAACAAAAACCGUUACAGAUCUGUAUAACUUGUAAAUGAAUUAAGAAGCAUGUUAACGUUUUAUUUUCUGUUGGGGUUUUUUCAGAGCCAUUUGAAAAGGCAGAGGCCAGUGAUGUGCUGUAUUUGUAACAAUAGUACCAUGUAUUCAUAUUCACGUGUUAAGAAGUCCGAAGUGGAUUUUCCAUCUCUUGAAAAUGAACUUCCAUAAAAUGUGUUUUUGAAGAAAAAGAAGAUUCUAUAUCCAUGUAUAUACAUAUAAAUAGAUAUAUGAAAAACAUCUCCAUGGUUCUAUCCUAAUCUAGGGGGGUUAGCUUGAUGCCCCACCCUCCCCCCCACACACACUUAACAUUGAAUAAGAAAGAAGGAGAGACUGGAGCUUUGACUGAAAUUGUAUCAUUACUGGAAAGGUGGAUUAGCUUCUCAGUCUCUACCAGCUCACGCUCCGACUGCGGGUCCUUCUUCCAGGGAUGUUCUCUCAGACACAUCGCUCAACGAUCCUUCUGAAGCCACGCUCUUCAUCCACUCUAAAUGUGUUUGUUUCUUCUAAUAAUGUAUCUCCAUCUUUGAUGCAGUCCUGUCUGUCUGUUAAGCUGUCAGAACUCUAAAAAACUCUGGUUCUCUUUUUCUUUGGUAUUGUGUGAGGCUUCUGUAAUGAAACAUUGCAACCGUUUGUAUUAUAAUGACAGUAUCAGAAUAAUAUUUAAAUAAAUCAUUUUCACAGAUGAAAUUCAAA